UGGCAUGGAAUGAUUUAUAAUUUCAGGGACAUCGUAUGGCAACAAGCUGAUUGUUGAGUUUGACGAGGUGUUCUGGCCGACCGAUGUGGGAGUGUUUCUAUUGGCCGACCGUGAUGCAGAGCAGGGAAUGAUGCAGAAAUGGUUGAACAUGCACAAACUUGUAGGACCACCUGUCCUCGUCAGUAUGAUUGGCGGUCCUGCAUCACUAAAGUUUGAAAAUAUGACAGAUGAAGAAGUGAAAAGUCUGGUGCGUGAACGUCUCACUACACUGUUUGGCCCUGAUGCUGAGUCAAGGGAGAUAGUAAAACUUCUGCGUUCAAGUUGGAAAAGCACAGUGUAUUCUGGGCUAGGCAACUCAUACCCUAAAGUUGGCAAUGAUAUCAGCAUGUGGAACACAUUGUCAGAGCCGCUGUGCCCAUAUAUCUACUUUGCCGGGGAGCACACUAUAUUCAAAGGAAUCGGUACACUCCAUGGUGCUUACAACUCAGGCAUUAGGGCUGCUGAACAAAUAAUGUCUGAACUGUGUGAGCAGCGAGCUAGAAGAAGAGAGAGGAGAAGGCAGGAAGAAGAAGGAAGAGGAAGAGAAGGAAGAAAAGAAAGAAAGAAGAAAAAGAAGAUAAAACUAAAAGAGUGA